AAUAUUUUGAAAAUAUCAAUAAUUUACAAUAACAUUAAACGAAUGAGUUUUACUUUUUCUAAAUAGAGUUUAUUAUAAAUUUAUUUAAUUAGUUUGCGCCUAGUGGAACGUACUCAAUGUGAUAUGUUUAAAUCAUAAAGGUAUAAGUACAAUAAAGAAUUGUUGCUUUUAUUUGGUUACAUAUUGUUAAAUGGAGGAAUUAAAGUAUAACGAUGAAGAGAGUGACGAGGAGACGGUGCCAAAAAUUCAUUUUUCCGUUGCAAUGUGGGAUUUUAAUCAGUGUGAUGCAAAAAAAUGUUCUGGACGUAAAUUAGCAAGAUUUGGGCUUUUAAAGCCACUUAAAGUGAAACAAAGGUUUCCUGGAAUUGUUUUGACUCCUACAGCUGCACAUUGUCUAAGUCCGUCUGACAAAAACAUUAUAGACACUAAGGGAAUAGCAGUUGUAGAUUGUUCUUGGGCCAAAAUUAAAGAAACGCCUCUUAAUUCUCUUCGUCCAACUUAUGGCAGACUUCUACCAUUUCUUGUCGCUGCAAAUCCAAUUAAUUAUGGUAAACCUUGUCAACUAAGUUGUGCUGAGGCAAUUGCUGCUGCACUUUAUAUAACUGGUUUUCCUGACAUUUCUGAAUACUAUUUAUCUAAAUUUUCUUGGGGCCACUCUUUCUUUGAAGUAAAUGGUGAUUUGUUAAAAAGAUAUGCAGCUUGCAGUGAUGGUGCAUCCGUAAUCGAAGUACAAACCAAAUACUUAAAGGAAGUUGAAGAAGAGCAAAAGAGUAAUAGGCUCAGUUUACCAGAUUACCCACCAUCUUCAGAUUCUGAAGAAGACUGAGUGUAAACUGGUAUAAUAGACUGGCUUUAAUGUAUUAUCACUGUUAUAAGCUUAUGUUAUUUUAUAAAUUAAUAAAAUGGAAAUAGCAAUAGAU